AGCAGUUAAAAGGCUUUCUAAAAACUCAGGGCAAGGGCUUGAAGAGUUCAAGAACGAAGUGAAGUUAAUCAUAAAACUUCAACAUAAGAAUCUGGUCAGGCUUUUGGGUUGCUGCAUCGACAAGAAUGAAAAGCUCCUUGUCUACGAGUACAUGGCCAACACUAGUCUUGAUGCCUUUCUUUUUGAUCCAACAAAAUGCAAGGAACUGGACUGGCCAAAGCGUGCUAAUAUAAUAAGUGGAACAGCAAAGGGACUACUUUAUCUACAUGAGGACUCCCGCCUCAAAAUUAUACAUAGGGAUAUGAAAGCCAGCAACGUUCUGUUGGACGAUGAUAUGAACCCAAAGAUAUCAGAUUUUGGCACCGCUAGGAUUUUUGGAGGCAAUCAAAUUGAAGCCAGUACCAACAGAGUUGUUGGAACAUAUGGUGAUAUGGCACCCGAGUAUGCAAUGGAGGGAUUGUUUUCGACAAAGUCUGAUGUUUACAGCUUUGGUGUCUUGAUGCUUGAAGUUAUAAGUGGAACGAAGAGCAGUGGCUUCUAUCACUCAGACCAUGCCCAAAGCCUUCUAUCAUACGCAUGGCUGUUAUGGAAAGAAGGCAGAAUGCAGGAGUUGCUAGAUCAAAAUAUAAUCGACACUUGUCCAGUAAGCAAAGCUGUGGGAUGGAUUCAUAUCGCGUUGUUGUGCGUUCAGGAAGACCCUACUCAUCGCCCCACCAUGUCAUCGGUUCUUCUCAUGCUUGGAGGCCAGUUGACAAACUUUCCCCGACCAUCAGAACCUCCAUUCUCUGUUGGUAGAUUGUUCAUGUCUGAUCAGUCUACUAUGAGUUUGGUAGAUACAGGAACUCUUACAUCAGAUCAAUGUUCAACAAGUGCUUCAAGCUAGUUGAGAGAGCAUUUAUAUUCUGAAACUUAGCCCUAAUACCUAGUGUUUUAUGUCUGAAUACUGAAUGUAUUUUAAAGAAAAUAAACAUAUAGUCAAAGUUUAGUAAAGGUUAGAGAUUAGAAAGUUGAUCAUGUUGCCCGCACAAACCAAGUCUACAUGGCUAUCAAUUUUAACUGCAUUUAGACGUAAUAUUCAAUUUUGAUUGCUUUCCCCUUCUUACCCAAUCCAUCUUGUGAAGACCAAAUGGCAUGCGGCAUACCCCUGAGUUAGGAUAGCUUGCUGAACAGAUUUUGAGUUGUAGAUCGAAAGAGUGAACCUAAAUCCAGAA